AUGGCCUCGCUCAAGACGGUGGUCGUCACGGCCCUAAUGGCGUCCGCAUACGCCCUGCCGCCAGUGCAGAGGGUGUCUGCGAGACGGCUCAAGUAUCACAGCCUUGCCGUACGGCAAAACGCUGCCGCUGAGAAGCAGGGGCUCAGCGAUGUGGGCAUUUUGCAGUUUGCCCUGACGUUGGAAAACCUCGAGUCGUCCUUCUAUAGGGAGGGCUUCGCCAAGUUCCCGGACGCCGAGUUCGCUGCCCUUGGUCUCAACGAGCGAGCGAUAUCCGACCUCAAGUCCAUUGGCAAGACGGAGGAGCAGCAUGUCGGUCUCCUGCAGUCGGCUGUCGCCCAGGCCGGCAUCCAACCCGUCCAGCCGUGCACGUACAACUUCAACCUGACGGAUGCCAAGAGCAUGGUUGCCACCGCUGCUGUGCUCGAGAACGUUGGCGUCUCAGCCUAUCUCGGCGCUGCACCACUGGUUUCCGACAAGGGCAUUCUCACCACAGCUGCCUCCAUCGUUACCAUCGAAAGUCGCCAUCAGUCCGCCAUCCGCAUCUUCUCCGGCACCAGCGCCAUCCCGCAGGCCUUCGACGCACCCCUGAACCCUCGUUCCGUCUUCACCCUUGCAGCACCCUUCAUCAAGGAGUGUCCUCAGGGGUCCAACCUGGUCAUUCAGCCUUUCCCUGCGCUCUCCAUGGAUAGCCCCGGACCCGCCCAAGUCGGCUCCACGAUCUCGGUCACGGCCGCCAACACUGCCGAGGCCAAAUUUUGUGCCUUUACCUCUGGAGGCGUUUCUCCUGGAGGUACCAUGUUCACUCCCCUUACCGACGGCCGGAACUGUGUCGUGCCGAGCGUCGCCGGAGUGUCGUACCUGUCGUUGACAAAGGAGGCACCUUUAGACGGAGUCCUUAAGGAUGACUUGAUUCUUGCCGGGCCGAUGGUUGUGACCGUCACGUAG